UUAUGACACUGAGAGGUCACUGAGCCCGCAGCUGUAUUAGCCAGGUUUGGAUGAGGACACACCUGGUGGGGGUGAAGGAAUGCCAGGCCUCUCUCAGGGUGUGUGCUGGGGAGACCCCAGAGAAUCUGAGGAGUAGAGACAGUUACCACCUUUCACGCCUGACCUAGCGCCUUGCAGGCUCUCUGCUAUCUGUCUUCAGUUCCUACCACAGGAUGUAACCUGGGCUCUGUACUGGUCUAAACUAGAAAUAGAAAAGAAGUCCAAACCCUGCUUCCAGGCUUUUGUAAAGGUGGAGAAAAGCAGAGUGCCUGGGGAGAGGUUGUUAUCAACGACAAAGUGGUAAUGUCCUCCCUGGGGUGAGGGCAGGUUUUUUGGUUUUUGGUUGUUGGGUUUUUCUUCCCCCCUGUCCCUGCCUCAGGCUAAAGUGGUGCAGUCUGUUACCUUGGAGACCAGCUAACACUUCCUGGCAGGGCGAGCUUCACUGUGGAGUCGCUUGGAGGAGCUUAGAGGAAGUGGGAGCCAGGAAAAGCAGAGACCUCUCCUCUCCCAGAGAUGGAGAAAUAAAUGAAGAAAUGCAGGAAAAUAAGUGUUGGGUGUUUUAUAAUGGCUACAGAUACUAGUCAUGUCUUCCAUGGUCAAGAUGAUAAGUUUCUGGAAAACCACUGUGUAAGGAGAAACAAUGACAGAGAUUCAAAGAAGCACUUGGACCAGAAGGAUAUCCAUGGACUCGGCCAAAAUCCAGACAAUGGACUACUGGUUACACAUGUUAACCAGACACAGGAUUUACUGAGGCUACAGGGAGACAAGACCCAACCUUCAGCUUGGGAGGACCCGGAAGACUGGCUUUCCACACACAGUUUACAGUUUGAGAGGCUCACCUUGGCUGACCUGAUUAGCCAGGGCACCACAGUACUGGAGGAGGGCAGCGAUGUCAUGAGGAAAGUGCACUUCUCCACCCAGAUGAUCCACCAAUUUGAAUCAAAGCUUUCUGGAGCUAUUGAACUCUAUCAACAGAGAAUCCAGUGGCUCACAGAAAGCAGCAGGAAGGCAUUUGGCCUCAUCAAGGGAGCCAGAGUUGGCAUCAUUGUUGAUGUGUCCGCCAUUGGCAGUGGCUCUCAAAAAGAGGAGUUCCAAAAUGACCUCCUGAGCCUCAUUGAUGAGCAGCUGAGCCACAAGGAGAAGCUGUAUGUCCUGUCCUUCGGCACCAGCACCAGCGCCCUCUGGCCAGACCCCGUGGAAGUCAGCCCCUCCAUCCUCCAGGAACUCAAGCUCUGGGUGAAGAAGCUCCAGCCUGAUGGGGGCAGCAAUCUGCUACAAGCCCUGAGGAAAAUCUUCACCCUGAAGGGACUGAAUUCUCUGGUGACCAUAAUGGGCAGCUGCCCAGAUCAGCCUUCUGAAAUUCUGUCCAACUACAUCCAACAGUCCACUGUGGGACGGGACCUCAUCACCCACGUCAUCACCUACAAAUGCAAUGAUCAGGUGCCCCCUGCUGUCCUAAAGAACUUUGCAGAAGCUCUUGGGGGCUACUACCACUGCUAUAGCACAGAGACGGAGGUCUAUACCAGUUGGGACAUGGACCAGCUCCUGGCAGAAAUCCAGAAGGCCCAGAGCCUCCUGAGCCACAUCCAAGCCUUGCGCAACAGGACCCCCAAUGAGGAGCUAACGGGCAUGAUGAAGGAGAUUUCCACAGAGAUUGCAAAAGGGCCACUCACAGGUCUCUUGCCUAAACCUCCAAAGCAUGAGGGUCCCCUCACAAUUGAGUUCCCAAACUUGGAGAAGACUUCUGCAGAAUGGCUAAAGAUCAAUGGCCUAAAAGCCAGAAAACUAAGCCUUUAUCAGGUUCUGGCACCCAAUGCAUUCUCUCCCGUGGAGGAAUUUGUGCCUAUUCUCCAGAAAACAGUAUCUUCAUCUAUCUAUGAGAAGGCAAUGGUACAAUUUGAAUGGCAUGACGGGACAGUGAAGAAUGUUCAUGUGGACCCGCCCUUCCUCUAUGAGUACCAGAAACAGCUCAGCAGAGCUAUGCGGAUGUAUGAGAGGCGGAUCGAGUGGCUCUCCUUGGCCAGCAGAAGAAUCUGGGGCACCGUCUGUGAAAAAAGGGUGGUUAUACUGCUGGAUAUCUCUGUGACCAAUUCCAUGUACAUUAUUCAUAUCCAGCACUCCCUGCGGCUUCUGCUGGAGGAGCAGUUGUCCAACAAGGACUGCUUCAACCUCAUCGCGUUUGGAAGCACAAUAGAAAGCUGGAGGCCAGAGAUGGUUGCCGUGAACCACGAAAACUUGCAGAGCGCCUGGCGUUGGGCCCUGACUCUGCAGUGUCACGGCAGCAGGAACGUCCUCAGCGCUCUGCGGAAGGCUGUGGAAGUGGAUUUCAAGGACAAAGACGGUCACCAAUCUCAGGGCAUCUACCUCUUCACGGGUGGCAUCCCUGACCAGGACGUGCCCAUGCUCAGCGCCUACAUGGCUGAGGCCUGUGGGGGCUGCGAUCUCCAGCUGAACAUAUGUCUCUUCUACGUGGGCGAGCCCCAGAUGGACAUCAUGCCCCCUGCCCGCUAUGCCAGCCGCACCGACACAGCCGCCGCCUACCGGGAGAUCACCCAGGCCACGGCCGGACGUUUCCACUGGUUUGGAGACACAGGUAUUUACGAAAGCGAUGACAUCAAUGCCAUCGUGUCUGAGAUGGAAAAGGCUCUCAACUACUCCCAAAAGUGUGCCUUACUGGUGUCCUCACUGAAGAACCAGUCUGGGAAAGAAGUGGAAAGCUCAGCCCUCCUGAAAGAAAAACCAAAGAUGUUCAAGCAAAGAAGUCAGCCCAGGAAACUCUAUUCUUCCAAGCCCACAGCUUCCUCGGUGGCCAGAAUGAGCCUUAAAGAUGACCGUGACAGAAAGAAGAGCUCCCCCUUGGAAGCUCUGACAUGGCAGCCACUUAGUGGCAAAGCAGGCGUCCCACCAGCUUCAGCCCAGCCAGUGAAAGAAGGGACCACAGAAUGGAGGAGGAAGACCAAGUGGAGGGAAGCAGAGACGUCUCUCUCACUGUUUUAUACGGAGACGGGGAAUAAUGUGGGCUCGGUCUACAAGAAAUACCCUCAGGGAAGGGGAAUACGAAGGGUUAGCUCUUCUAUCCAGUUGCCCAGGAAGGAUGCAGUUUGCUCAAGCCAAGAGUGGGUAGCAAAUUAUGGGCUCAAAAAACUGAGGAUGGAAAUCUCCAGAUACAUCGGUCCCAGCUGCACUCAUCAGAAGUCAGCCCAGGGGCUGGCGUCAGCCAAAUACUGCAACAUCCUGCCCAGUAUAGAGAUCAAUGGGGUAGUGAGACAUAUCCAGUGGACGCCCAGGGAAAUGGAAGCAUACAUCACAUGUCUGGAGAAGGUGAUGAGGCGCUAUGUCCAGAGGCUGCAGUGGCUGCUGUCUGGGAGCCGCCGAUUAUUUGGCACCAUUUUGGAGAGCAAAGUGUGCAUCCUGGUGGACACGUCGGGAUCCAUGGGCCCCUACCUGCAGCAGGUGAAGACGGAGCUGAUUCUGCUGAUUUGGGAACAGCUGCGCAAGCACUGUGACAGGUUUAACCUGCUCAGCUUUGCGGAGGACCUACAACUGUGGAGGGACACUCUGGUGGAGACCACAGAUGCAGCCUGUCACGAGGCUAUGCAGUGGGUGACCCACCUGCGUGCUCAGGGGAGCACCUCAGUCUUGCAAGCAUUACUGAAAGCCUUCAGUUUUCACGAUGUGGAAGGAUUGUACCUCCUGACCGACGGGAAGCCAGAUACAAGCUGCAGCCUUAUUCUGAAUGAAGUCCAAAGACUCAAGGAGGAAAGAGAUCUGAAACUGCACACCAUUUCCCUGAACUGCUCAGGCAGGGCGGCGGUUGACUUCCUGAGAAAUCUAGCCUCCCUCACGGGGGCCCGCUAUCACUGCCCUGUUGAUGAGGACACACUCUUCAAAAUCCACGGCCUGCUGACCAAGGGCUUCGUGGACGAAAGGGACCCCGUAUUGCCACUAUUUGAAGGAGAUGAUUUGAGAAGAUUGGCCCAGGAGAUCACCAAGGCCAGAAGCUUCCUCUGGAAGGCCCAAUCCUUCAGGUCUCAACUCCGGAAGAAAAACAACACAGAACCAAAUGUCACUCUUUUCUAGAGAAGGGUUCUCAGCACACCCUACACUCCAGCAACAAAAUUAUCACUCAUUAGGAAGCCUUGCACCAAGCCUGCCUGGAAACGCCCUUCUUACCACCCUCUGCCUGGUGACUCCUGCUCAUCCAUCAAGGCACAACUCAUAUGGCAUCAGCUCCACUGUGAAGAUGUCCCUGGGACCCAUCAAGAGCUGGGAGCCUCCAGCCUUCCUCCCACUGCAUCCGGACCAAACAUCUGUUUUCACGGCCGUGACACUUAGCAUUUAUGAUGCCUAGCACUCCAUACCAUGCUUCCUUACUCCCUUUGCCAACUCUUUUUCUUGGCUGUGAGCUCCCCCAGGAUGAGGCUGGUGUCCUAGGUCCCCAGAACCUGCCACAGGGGCAGACGUAGUAAACUGUGAGCAUCCAACUUAGCUGUGGGAGUCCGGCUCUGGAAACCAGCCAGAGCAUGUUAUUUCUGCCCUGGUCCCCUCACCCUCUGCUUCCUACCACCCUGGUCCAGGGGGGGUGAUGCAGAUUCACCAUCAGCCCAUCUUGGGAGCAAAAACCAGUGAGCCUUACCACCUGCCCCCUACCUGUUCAACCAAACUGAAUUAAGGUCUGCCCUGCUCAAGCGGGUGAAAAUUGGGUUGGGUCCACUGGGCCCGGCCCUGCUGUGUACAUAUGAAAUGACUGUCUCAUGUAUUAUGUGGUCUGAUUUCCUGAGAUGAGAAAAAAUUGCUUUUAUUUAAUUAAAUAGAAUCAA